AUGCCCAUAGCCCUCGGCCUCGAAGGCUCGGCCAACAAACUCGGCGUCGGGCUCAUCUACCACUCGGGCAUCCCGAACAUUACAACCUCCACCCACCCAUCAAAGCAACCUCAAUCACAAUCACAACCCGAAGUCCGCAUCCUCUCCAACAUCCGCCACACCUACCACGCCCCCCCCGGAGCGGGCUUCCUCCCCAAAGACACGGCCCUGCACCACCGCAGCCACGUGACGGCCCUCGUCCACCAGGCCCUCAAGGAAGCCAACCUCACCCCCGCCGACCUGGACUGCAUCUGCUACACGCGCGGCCCCGGGAUGGGCGCCCCCUUACAGAGCGUCGCCCUCGCGGCACGCACAUUGGCUCUACUUUGGCAGAAACCUCUCGUCGGCGUCAACCACUGCAUAGGCCACAUCGAGAUGGGCCGGAGCAUCACGGGCGCGACCAACCCCGUGGUCCUGUACGUGAGCGGCGGCAACACGCAGGUAAUCGCGUAUUCGACGCAGCGGUACCGCAUCUUCGGCGAGACGCUGGACAUCGCCGUGGGCAACGCGCUCGACCGGUUCGCGCGCACGCUGGCGAUCCCCAACGAUCCCGCGCCGGGGUACAACAUUGAGCAGAUGGCCAAGGCGGCGGCGCGUGGCGAGAGAGAGCCGAUCCUGGUGGACCUGCCCUACGCCGUCAAGGGGAUGGACUGUUCAUUUAGCGGGAUCCUCGCGCGGGUUGACGAGCUGGCCGUGGCGUGUCUGCGCGGCAAGCUCGUCGACGCAGCUAGUGGACAAAAAGUCACGCCCGAGGACCUGUGCUUCAGUCUGCAGGAGACGGUGUUUGCCAUGCUCGUCGAAAUCACGGAGCGGGCGAUGGCGCAUGUGGGUUCAGCCCAGGUCCUUAUCGUGGGUGGCGUCGGGUGUAAUGAGCGCCUACAAGAAAUGAUGGGCCAGAUGGCGCGGUCGAGGGGCGGCGAUGUCUACGCGACGGACGAGCGGUUCUGUAUCGACAAUGGCAUCAUGAUUGCUCAUGCUGGACUGUUGGAAUUUCUGAGUGGGGAUAAGAAGGGGAUACAGCUAAAAGACAGCACUUGUACACAGCGGUUCAGGACGGAUGAUGUGUUUGUCAGGUGGAGGGAUGACUGA